AGCUUUAUAAUAUCAUUAUGGAUUAUUUACACAGUCGUACAUGUAACAGUCGAACAAGCUGACUUGCCCUGACUUCUCCAUACACCACACACACAUCACAUCACUGUCCACGUAGUUGUAAGCAUCUAAGCUGUUUUAUACUCCUUGCUGCUUCUCGGGUGUAACUCUCUGUCUUUACCGAGUGAUGAUAGACGUCUGUGUAUGUGUUAUCUCUGUAAGCCUUUCCAAUCAUUACAAAAAAAAUAUUGUCCUGACAUGGUUGCCGGGAGAGAACGUAACUAGAUAAUAAUAAUAAUAAUAAUAAUAAUAAUAAUAAUAAUAAUGUCGUCUAUUAACCAGGAUUGCAGUUGAUGCAGUAAUACCACAUUCAUUACUAGAAUGCUACUGUUAGCUGUUAAGAGGAGUAUAAGGCGAGUAGCUGAGUUUCAUAAGCUUUGGAACGUCCCCCGGUAUGACCUCGGUCAGAAGCAGCUUGUGUCUUUUUUUACUCCGAUCCCAGCUGGGAAGCUCUGUGGAGCAGCACGGUCACUCCAUGACCUGGGCUGCAGAGGCCUGUCCACCACCUCUGAUUCCCAGGACACUCCCGACUGUGGAACCAGCCAGGGAAGGACUCAUGUGGAGGGGGGUUCUAGAACAGAGGGGGACGAGACAGACCCAAAACACAACAGCGCACCCCUGGGCCCCCCUCCAACUCCGCCCGUGUACUGCUGUAUGAGCGCUUGCUCGAACUGCCUGUGGAUUCCCUACACAGAGGAGCUCCUGAAGUAUUACCGAGACGGUGGGGAGAAGGCUCUGGAAGCAAUAGAGGAGCACGUCAGGGACGAAAACAUCAAAGUGUUUUUAAAAAUGGAGAUUAGAAUGAUGAGUGUAAAAUAAAGCAGCAGCAAGGAUCAAGUCGCUGUCUCCGGCUUGUGAAUCAACAAAAAUCCUAAAUCAAAUUACAGCAGGGACCGAAAAAAUAAACUGAUGUUUUGCAAGUUGAUAAUCGGAGAGAGUAAUUUGUACAUUUUCUGUUCUAUUUAUAAGUCAGGCUUUAAAAUUGGACUUUAAAUGGCUUUGGACAUUUGUAAACCCAAACUGAUGACAACACUGGGUACUUCUGAAUAUUCAGGUCUAUGUUCCUGCACUAUUUAUAUGAAUGCUGUGUUAAAUUUUUGUAACUUUAUGCUGGCUUCCACUGGAAUCAUACAUUUAAAAAUAUGACUACUGAAAUAAAUAUUUUGUUCCAGUCUCUUUGUAGGACUUCCAUUAUGUCUUCUGAUUCCUAACUAUAUAUUACUAAUCAAUUUACACAGCUCCAAAGAGGUUUUCAGCUGAAGUAAUAAUCAGUGGGUCUUGAGCUCAGCACUUUACAAAGCCCCUAACCUUCCUCCCCACAACCUAUCUCACCCCAGCAAUAAGAGUCACCAGAAGGGCGGUUUACACUGCUGCUGCUCCCUUCAAAACAAUCUGCAAAGUAAACAGCUGCCACGCUCGCAUGCACAGCACUAAACCGACACUUAAUAAUCAUGUGGGUUUAUCUCAUUUUAAUUAUCCAUUGUUCUCAGUGGAGGUAUUGACUGACACCUGCUGUUCGCCCUAGAUAGUCCAGACAGUGCUAGGAAACCCUGCUUAAUCCGUGACAAUAAACAGAAACUUAAUUAUUGUUCUUGUUAUUGUAUUAUGCUGUUACAUCAAUACUGGAUGUUCAUUAUUAGACUCCCCCAAGUUUCUGGGAUUUCAAUGUAAAAGAGAACUUGCUUUUUAACCUGGUUAAAUAAAGGAAUUGAUUGAUUGAUUCUAUCCUGUGUGU